AUGGAGUCCAAGGUAGGGCUUGGUUGGGUUUCUCUUCUCCUUCUCUCCUCGCUGCUCUCGUCGUCGUCUUCUUCAGCAGAUAAUGUGAAGGUGGCGGUGAAAGGAGGGGCCUCCAUUGCUGCGACAGACGACAGCUUUAUAUGCGCCACCUUGGACUGGUGGCCGUCCGACAAGUGCGACUACGGCCAAUGUCCUUGGGGACUGGCCGGCAUUCUCAAUCUGGAUUUAGAUAACAAGAUCCUCUCCAAUGCUAUUAAAGCGUUUAACCCUCUGAGAAUACGAGUUGGAGGCUCGUUGCAAGACCAGGUCGUGUACGAGCAUACGCAUUUGUACAACAAGAAAUGCUCCGAGUUCAAGAAGGAGGACGGCGGCAUGUUUGGAUUCAGCGAGGGUUGCCUCCGCACGGAGAGAUGGGACCAGCUCAAUCACUUGUUCAACCAAACAGGUGCUCUGGUAACGUUUGGCUUGAAUGCCCUCAAUGGAAGGAUGAGGUCCAAGCAAUCCGACAACCUUUACGUCGGGAAGUGGAAAAACGGCAACGCCCACCAUCUGGUGCGGUACACGCACCAUAAAGGUUACAAGAUCGAUUCCUAUGAGCUAGGAAAUGAGCUGUGUGGGUCUGGGGUCUCUGGGAGACUGACGGCCGAACAGUACACGGAGGACAUUGUUAAGAUGAAGAAAUUCCUGACGAAAUUGUACCCCGACCAGGCGUCGCGGCCCAAGGUUCUGGGUCCUGCCGGGUUCUAUGACAGGAAAUGGUUCGAGACCUUUCUUAAGGCCACUGGACCGGGUGUUGUUGAUGGAGUGACCCACCACAUAUACAAUCUCGGCGCAGGUGUCGACCCAACGCUAAUCAACAAGGUUCAAGAUCCAUCUUACCUAGAUCAGAUUGAUACGACAUACAAAGUCGUCUUGGAUACGGUUCAGAAAUUCGGGCCUUGGACCACACCGUGGGUCGGAGAAGCUGGAGGGGCUUAUAAUAGUGGAGGCAAAGGUGUAUCAAAUACCUUCGCCAAUGGCUUCUGGUACUUGGACCAACUAGGGAUGACAUCUAGAUUCAACCACAAGGUAUUCUGCAGACAAGCCUUGAUUGGAGGGAACUAUGCUCUUCUCAACACCACAACAUUCAUUCCCAACCCGGACUUUUAUGGAGCACUUCUGUGGCAUCGCCUCAUGGGAAAGGAGGUUCUUUCGACCACUCACAGCGGCUCUCCAUACUUGCGUGCAUAUGCUCAUUGUUCAAGGAACACGCCUGGGGUGACCGUGGUCCUAAUCAACAUGUCGAACUCGACCUCCUUUGACGUUUCUAUAGUUGAUGAUCCGAACUGGAGUCCUAGUAAGCAGAAGAAGAUAGCUUCAGGCAGUCAUGCCCAAAGAGAGGAGUACCACUUGACGCCAAAAGAUGGUAACAUUCGAAGUGAUGUGUUGCUUCUCAAUGGGACCCCGCUGAAGCUCACCGACUCAUCCGACAUUCCCGAACUUAAUCCAACCACUGUGGACCCAUCGCAACCGAUCCAUGUGGUGGCCGAUUCAAUUGUCUUUGCAAGGCUGCAAGGCUUCAAGGCUCCUGCAUGUAACUAA